AUCAGUUGAAAACGUUAUCACAAUCGGAAGCACCAGAGAGAGGGAACAGAGUGAAACAAGAGUAAGCUUCUCCAUGAGGUGCCUCCAGUUCCAAUCUUCACUGCUUCUUCCCUUGCAUGCAAAACUCAAACACCAGCAACAUCAUCAUAUAAGCCACACCUCCAAACUAUUUUACCUUUCUACCCACCAACCUCCAUGUUUUCUGCACUUACCUUCAUCAACUCCAUUAAGUACCAAGGCACUCCCACAUUUAAUGGUGGUUCCUCCAGCAGAAUCCGGCGACCUAUCAUCGUUGCUUCCGAUAGGUGGCGUGCUUCUAUCAAUGUACGUCGUCACGAAUUUUGUCGUCCCAGGUUUCCUUGCCAACUCUUUUCCAAAGGAUGAGUCAAACGAAGAGAAGGAUGAUGACGAUGAAGAUGAAGAAGAUGACGAAGAAGAAGAUGAAUAAAGAGGGGUAUAGUCCUUAGCACGAAAGAAGACACUUCUUCGUCUAUAUCUUCAAUGUGUAGUUCAAAGAGCAAGUACUUAGCGCUUAAGAAGUUUACCCUCAAUGAUUAUGUUUUUUCUUAGUACUGAAAAUUAGACUGAAAAGCGUAUAACACCAUUAAUGUAAAAGUUGUAUUAUUAUUCAUGAACAAUCUUUUAUGGCAAUUUUCUCCCUUUUUA